AUGAUGCGUGAACCGCUGGUGAGCGAAGAAGAAGCUACUGAAGUCUUACUGAGCAGCAGCGUCGCCGUCGAGAAGAAGGUUCUAGAAGAGGUGUGCAAGAGAGAGAAGCUACGAGCUGGAGAAGGAGACGAAGCGGAGGAAGAGAGACGCGACGAUUUGUUGUUAUUAGCUCUAACUCCGAUGGUGCGAUCGAAAUCUCAAGGAACCACGAGGCGCGUCACACCCACGCCUCCGGUGGACGUUGAGAAACCGUUACCAAACGGAGAUCUGUAUAUGGGAACGUUCUCCGGCGGGUUUCCGAACGGAUCCGGGAAGUAUUUGUGGAAGGAUGGGUGUAUGUACGAAGGGGAAUGGAAGCGUGGGAAGGCUUCGGGGAAAGGCAAGUUUUCAUGGCCGAGCGGUGCAACCUACGAAGGGGAAUUCAAGUCUGGGAGGAUGGAAGGAUUCGGGACCUUCAUCGGAGCCGACGGAGAUACUUACCGGGGCUCUUGGGUCGCUGACCGGAAACAGGGUCACGGCCAGAAGCGUUACGCGAACGGCGAUUUCUACGAGGGUACGUGGCGGCGCAAUCUCCAGGACGGACGUGGAAGAUACGUUUGGUUGAACGGGAAUCAGUACACUGGAGAAUGGCGUAACGGAGUGAUUUGUGGGAAAGGUGUGCUUGCUUGGCCCAAUGGGAAUCGAUACGAAGGACAAUGGGAGAACGGAGUUCCCAAAGGAGGUGGUGUUUUCACUUGGGCUGAUGGAAGCUCUUGGAUCGGUUCUUGGAACGAAAGCAGCAACCUCAUAAGAAGUUUCUUCGACGGGAUCGAGAAGAAUGAGUUGAUUGUGGCGACGAGGAAGAGAUCCUCUGUUGAUAGUGGAGCUGGAAGCUUGAGUGGGGAGAAGAUUUUCCCCAGAAUCUGUAUAUGGGAAUCAGAUGGCGAAGCUGGGGAUAUCACUUGUGACAUCGUUGAUAAUCUUGAUGCAUCGGUGAUUUACAGAGAUAGGAUUUCCGUUGAUCGAGAUGGGUUUCGUCAGUUUAGGAAGAAUCCUUGUUGUUUCAGCGGCGAGGCAAAGAAACCUGGAGAGACCAUAUCCAAGGGGCAUAAGAAAUACGAUCUGAUGCUCAACUUGCAACAUGGGAUCAGGUACUCUGUCGGCAAACAUGCGUCAGUUGUUCGAGAUCUCAAACAGAGCGACUUCGACCCGAGUGAAAAGUUCUGGACAAGGUUUCCUCCGGAGGGUUCUAAGACCACACCGCCGCAUCAGUCUGUGGAUUUCCGAUGGAAGGACUAUUGCCCUUUGGUGUUUAGACGCCUGAGGGAGCUUUUCACGGUGGAUCCUGCGGAUUACAUGUUAGCUAUAUGUGGAAACGAUGCUCUUCGAGAACUGUCUUCACCUGGAAAGAGUGGAAGUUUUUUUUACUUAACUCAAGAUGACAGAUUUAUGAUUAAGACAGUGAAGAAAUCAGAAGUCAAGGUCCUUCUACGAAUGCUUUCAAGUUACUACAAACAUGUCUGCCAGUAUGAGAAUUCACUUGUGACGAAGUUCUACGGCGUGCAUUGUAUCAAACCUGUUGGUGGCCAGAAGACUCGGUUUAUCGUAAUGGGGAACUUGUUCUGCUCCGAAUAUAGAAUCCAGAGACGGUUUGACCUGAAAGGGUCUUCCCAUGGACGUACCACCUCCAAACCUGAAGCGGAAAUUGAUGAGACCACUACUCUUAAGGACCUUGAUCUCAAUUUUUCUUUCCGUCUUCAGAGAAAUUGGUACCAAGAGCUUAUGACGCAAAUUAAACGCGAUUGUGAGUUCUUGGAAGCUGAGAGAAUAAUGGAUUAUAGCCUGUUGAUUGGAGUUCACUUCCGCGAUGACAACACAGGAGACAAGAUGGGGCUUUCUCCGUUCGUUUUGAGAUCUGGUAAGAUAGAGUCAUAUCAAAACGAGAAAUUCAUGCGCGGUUGUCGCUUUCUGGAGGCUGAACUUCAAGACAUGGACCGCAUUUUAGCUGGCAGGAAACCGUUGAUAAGACUAGGCACAAACAUGCCUGCAAGAGCAGAACGAAUGGCUAGAAGAAGCGACUUUGAUCAAUAUUCCUCGGGGGGAACAAACUAUUUAUCUCACGGAGAGGUUUACGAAGUGGUUCUAUAUUUUGGAAUCAUUGACAUUUUGCAAGAUUACGACAUUAGCAAGAAGAUUGAGCAUGCUUAUAAGUCUCUUCAAGCCGAUCCUGCUUCGAUCUCAGCCGUUGAUCCCAAACUAUACUCCAAGAGAUUUAGAGAUUUCAUUAGCAGAAUCUUCAUUGAAGACGGCUAAUAAGAGGUAUUUCAUCAUUGGAAAUGUUAAUCUAAAGUUCCUCUCUUUUACCUCAAAUUGAGAGGUCUAAAGACGCUGCGGCCGGCAUGAGGUCAAAAAAGGUAAUUUCCUUGCGUCUGAUAAAAGCUCGAAGAAGGGAAGAAGACGAUUUGAUUUCUUUCAUUUAUAUAUAUGAGAAGAGUUAGAGGUGAUCAAAACAAAUUUUGGGUGGGGAAUUUUUUUUUUGGAGGGUCAGAGAAGAUAUAUGUGAAUAUAGAUUUGUGAAGGAGAAAAAAAGUACAUAGGCUUUAAAAAAAAUUGGGUUUGAGAGAUUUGGAAAUGGGGAAUAAGACAAGUGUACAAGUUAUGAAAAGGAUGGGUGGUUUAUUUUAAUCCCAUUUGUCUUAGUUCUCCAUUAAA